GUCACCAAGUUCCAGGCCCACCCGCCUGAUGGGCGCACCUUUUCGCACCAGCACGAGUUCCCCCGCCUCCCCAUCUCACCCCACAUGAAGCAGGCGGCCGACGAGCUCCUUGUAAGCGACGGACCAAGAUGGCAGGAGCACCUGAAGGAAUACGCUGAGGACAAGGCCAGGUGCAUGCCCAUGAGCCUCCUUGCAUUAUAUAUAAAUGAUCCCACGCCCGACCGUAGCUCACAGCUUCCCAGCACCACCUCUCUCAUAUUUCCUCCCUUGGCUUCAUUCAUGAUCUCCGUGCCGGCAUGCUGGAGCCUGAUACCAUCCGCGGU